CUGGGUUUUGCUUGGGAGGAACCUCUAUCCCAGGUAUUGAGAAUAAGGUGAACUGUGACAUUCUGGUUGGAUACAAAUCUGUCUACAGGAUGUGUUUUGCUAUGGCUGCCUUUUACUUUUUAUUUACCCUGAUAAUGAUUUGGGUGAAGAGUAGCGGAGAUCCAAGAGCUGCAAUCCAGAAUGGGUUUUGGUUUUUCAAAUUCUUGAUUCUGGUUGGAAUCACAGUUGGAGCUUUCUUUAUUCCAGAUGGAACAUUUACAGCUGUGUGGUAUUACUUCGGCAUUGUGGGAAGCUUCCUUUUUAUCCUUAUUCAGCUUGUCCUCCUUGUCGAUUUUGCACACUCAUGGAGCCGGGCCUGGGUGGAACAGGCUGAGGAAGGCAACAAGUGCUGGUAUGGAGCGCUGUUUGUCAGCAUGUUCAUAAACUAUGCAGCUUCCUUAGCAUCAGUGGUGUUGUUAUACAUCUACUACACUAAGCCUGAUGACUGCACUGCAAACAAAGUGUUCAUCAGUCUCAACUUGAUCUUCUGCAUUGCUAUCUCCAUUAUAUCUAUUCUUCCUAAAAUCCAGGAAGUUCAGCCACAUUCUGGCUUACUGCAGGCAUCUAUUAUCACACUGUAUACAAUGUAUGUGACUUGGUCAGCCAUGGCAAAUGAACCUGAUAGGAAUUGUAAUCCAACUCUUCUUGGAAUUGUAUCCAGUAACUCAACAGCCAGUACUACGGGUCAGGUUGUACAGUGGUGGGAUGCCCCAAGUAUUGUUGGUCUGGUUAUCUUCAUUAUCUGCUCACUAUUUGCCAGUAUCCGCAGCUCCAAAAACACCCACGUAGACAAGUUGCUUCUGUCUGAUGGCAAAGAGGGAGGGGACAUCCCAUCUGACAAUGUGGAAGAUGGGGUCUAUCGUGCAGUAGACAGUGAAACAGAGACUGUUAACUACAGUUAUUCUUUCUUUCACUUCUGUCUCUUUCUGGCAUCUCUGUACAUUAUGAUGACCCUCACUAAUUGGUACAGUCCCAGCACAGAUUAUUCAACAAUGACUAGUUCUUGGACAGCUGUGUGGGUGAAGAUUUCAUCAAGUUGGGUUGGUCUACUCCUCUACCUUUGGACAUUGGUGGCACCUCUUCUGUUGCCUGAUCGUGAUUUCAGCUAAAAAAAUUAUGAUGAUAUGCUUUGUAUUGCCUUCACAUAGUGACUCCCCUGCUCUUUUUACUCUGAAAUCAUCUUUCCAGUACAAAGCCAACAGCUGAUUUGACUUUUGUACAUUGGGGCUGACAAACCAUGCUGACUUUUGGUAUGCACUAAUGUUAGCAUUUACGUAGUUAGAGAAUAAAGAAAUACACGGAAGCAGUAUACUGAUUUGAUGUGUGAAAUAGCAUACUUCUGCAGUUUUGAUCAAAGUAGUGAGAUCUCCUAACGUUUGUUCUUGGCAUGUAUAGUACCUUGAUUUAAAUGUUUGUGAUGCAGUGCUGGCUUAUGUUGUACUAGAAGAAACUCCAGACUACUACAGCAACUUUUCAUGUAAAAGUUGGGGACGUUUUUUGGUUACAUAGUUGCUCAGUAUUUGAAUGAUGCCUUGGGAAUCAAACACAGGACUGCAAGAUGAAGGAUGCUAGCAACUCGUAGACUUUAUCCUCUGAGCUGAAGUCCCAACAUUGGAAGCUUAUUUGAUACUGCCUUUAGUUGUCAUGUGUGCUUUGAGAACAUUUUAAGUUUUCAUAAAACAAGGGUCUUAAGAGGUUUCAGUGUAUAUACUUUAAACCUUUGGACAGUUUUCAGAAUCUGUUUUUAAUGCAGUUUCCCAAUAUAAUCUUGGGCUUUACACCAACAGUUGAAAAGGGCAUGCUUGAGUAGUACACUAAUGGGCUCUGCAGUAGAACAAAUAAAAAAAAGUAAUUUUUAAAGGUGGCAAACUGUGAAUUGCUGCUUUAAAUAUUUUGGGCCAUUAUCUUAUGUUAAGCCUGAAAAGUGACUAUAAGAGUUUCCAUUGAAUGGUGUCAAGUCGUAAACUGUUAACUGAUUCAUGUGUUGUGCACAUACAGAUAUGGCAUAUUAGUUUCUGUGCUUUGUACUAUAUCCUGAAUUGCCAGGAUUUCAUGGUGAUGUAGCCUUGUGGGGACUAUAAAGUGCCUGCACUGUGGUGAUUGAUUAAAUGAAAUGCCACGUGUGCCUUAUUUAUAUGUAUUACAUUACUGUCGGUGGAAAUUCAGCUUAGUUGCCAAACAGUUAUUAGUUCUGAGCGAAUGUGCUUUGGUUUGCCUUGAACCACGUUUGCUGCAAAAAGUAAAGGUUGUACAUUUUAAAGGUGGUCGUCGGUGACAUUGGCAUAGUGCUGUGCUGUUCUUUAGAUGGAGUCUGAGGAAGUUGGACAGCAUCCUUUACUUUUGUAGUUCCACUGAAGCUAGGUGGUGGUCUUAUCCUUCAGUGUUAGUUUCUUAGUACUGGUGUUGCAUACCAUUAAUCAAUCAGGCUAGUGCACUGCCUGUCCUUUGCAUUUUUUUUUUCAGAAUAAUCUGUUAAAAUGUCUCAUUCAAUCAUUUCUUUUGACACCAGUUGCUAGGGGACAAAUUUAUAACGGUCAUUGAUGUCUGCUGUGUGAAAUGCAGCCUUAAUCUAAAUAGGAAUUAUUUCUUAAGUAGACUGUCUUGUAUCUAAGUUUCUUGAAUCCAAAGCCCCUUUUGCUCUGUUUUUGAAGUUUAACCAUAGUUAACAAAAGGCAUGGUUACCAUGUGUUAUAUUAGAAGCCAAGUAAGAGUGUUGUGUUUGGCAAUAGGAAUAUUUUUAGCCUACUUUUUAUAGAAAAGAAUGAGGUGUGAAUAUUGAUGACCAGAAGAUAAUUUCAGCCCCCACAAUGGUCAUUAACACAGUAUUUCUCGAAAUAGCUUUGCCUUCUUAUCUGUGAGGUUCAUGUUUUAUUGCAGAAAUUGUCUAGACCCAUCUAUGCAGCUAAGCCUGCAAAUUAUAUAGGUUGUCCUGUGCUGAAGUUAAAAUGCUUGCAUGCCCUGUUGUGUUUCUGCAUUUCAUAAAACUCUGCAGUGUAUUAACGAAAUGCCUGACUUCUGUAUCAAGGGAUCUCAAGUGGAACUUGUACCACCAAAGUGCUGUUUCUGAUGUCCAUGUAAAUCUUCUAGCCUCCUCAUUUCACAAGACUUGUAUGCUUAAUUGACUUGAAAAACUGAAAGUGGUUAUCUUUAUUUGGUUUAAUAGUUAAAUGUGGUUGCUUGAUAACAUAGUUGCAUCAUUCCUAUGCUCUUAUUUCCAGAAAGAAAUAAUAUGGAGAGGUUGUAGUGGAGGCAGUGGCAGAAUGAAAUACAUGCAGAAUGCCUGUCUUACUCUUUGAAAUGGUGAAAGUUGUCUUCACUUUGCUUCCAUUCCUUAGAGUAUGGCACCAUCAUGGUUCUAUCACCCUGUUAUUCUUUCUGUAUACAUUCAGCAUUUUUCAGACUUCAGGUCACCUUGGAAUUAAACACUUGCAAAGGGUUCUUCACCUUCCACCUCCACCCAAUUGUAAAAGGACUGCCUGCUAUUCAUUGUAAGCCCUUUCUGGCUUGUCAUCAGAUUGCUUAAAGUUCUUGAGUACAGAUAACUGGCACCACAGAAAGAUGUGUUGUCACUAUUCCAGCAGGUCUGCAUCCUCUGUAUUUUAUUUUGAUUUAUAGUUUGUGUAGAAAUCUGUUUAUUCAGUUUUUUUUAAGACAACAUUGCAUAGGACUUUGUACACGCCAUGGUGUAAGACACUAACUGUUUUUAAACUGUAUAAAUGGGUAUUCUGUACGUUUGUGACCAUCCAUGACUCAGCAUUUUGAUUAAAUGUUUAUACUGUGUUGAUAAAGAACAGGUGACGUACAAGUUCAGCUUGAUUGCUUCAGAAGUCAUUCUGGUCUUGUAGUGUAAUCUCAGGGUGUCUUCUAAGCCCUUUGUAUAUGCAUCACUAAAAGGUCAAGUGUACACAAUUGAUAUUUAAGUUUCACGGCAUAGGAUCGUCUACUAAAAGGUCAGCUGACACAAAUCUUUGUGGCAUUUUCUAAAUGUAUUUUCAGUUUUCAGGUAAAUGUUUUGUGCCCUUUUAUUACCUGGGGUAAAUGUUAUAUCCCCUGCAAGGGCUGUGAACUUCCAAGGGAAAUGAAUACAAGUAUUCAUUUCAAUAUGCAGCACUGCUAGUUUUUUUUUAUUCAACUAUAUAAACUGUCACUGUAAUUGCUGCAUUUUGACUUAUUUGAUCAAGCAUGAAUAUAAAUUUGUUACUGAUGAAAGAACUUGUGUGUAUCUGCCUAGCUUCCUGUCUGUAUAUAUAUAUAUAUAUAUAUAUAUAUAUAUAUAUGCACAUGCAUUUUGUUUAAUUCAUAUUCUCUCGUUUAAUUUUGCUGUACUUUGCACAUGCCAUACUUUUUCCAUAGUUUUUUCCUUCUGUAUUGUAUGUUUUCAUUUGCCUUGUAGCCCAUUUUGUUCUGGAGCUAGUCUGCCAGACUGGUUUUAAGUAAUGAAUGAGUAGAUCUUGUAUUGGAAAUUUUUAAAGGUACAGAAUUAGAACCUUGAUUUGUAUGCAUGACAGAUUUGUUGUAAUUUUUCACACAUGUAAUGCUAUGGAACUUGAAAAUAACUAGAGUGGACAUUGUACAAACACCACAGCAAGUUAAUCAUAUUUCUCCAGUUAUAUCUCAAGAUAAUUUUUUUUUUGUCUUCAUUUGUGAUGUAAUGGUCUUUUCCUAAGAUCAUCAAAAUAAACCAUGAAUGAUGUGGCUCCAGAAUAUGAAAUCAGACUUAAUAUGUCACUGUUGCUUUCAAAAGUGUGGUUGAUGAGCAUUAUUUUACUGCCUCUUGUAAACUGUUAAAAGAUGCUAAUAGAAGUUGGGCAAAUUGAAGUAACAUAUUUUGUCAAGAGGCAUAGUCUGGUAAUAGUUAUAUAAACAUCUCUGAAAUGUUUUUCUCGUUCUAAUAGUAUUUAAGGAGCAUACAUCUGUAUGUAACCGUGAACUUCUGAUUGUAUCAAUGAUGUACAAAAUGUUUGAGUUACUCAGCUGUAUGACAAAACUUGUACAGCUAGUAAAACUGUUUAGGAGGAGAUAAUCUGAUACUAAAUAGGAAUGCUGCCAUACAAAUUCAGUUGUUGACUAACAUUUACAAAUAUUUCUGUAACUUCUGUAAAAUGUAUUUUUUCUUUAAAUAAAAGUGUAUUUUUUAAACUGCC